CCUUUGCUGCUAAGAUAAACGAAAAUCGGGAAGUAAAUCUAGAUCUAUAUAUAGAUCUAUAUUGACUAUAUAGAUCUAGCUUACAUUGUAGUAAACUACAUUACAUAAUUGACUCUAUAAUGUUUGAACUCGUAAUUUUAUCAGUGUUGUUUAGUACAGCAGCAUCUGGCCGUUAUGAUCCUAAUUGGAAAUCGCUGGAUUCUCGCCCUCUUCCGACCUGGUACGAUGAAGGUAAAAUUGGCAUUUUUCUCCAUUGGGGUGUCUUCUCUGUGCCAGCAUUUGGCAGUGAAUGGUUUUGGUGGUACUGGCAGGAAGCAAAGUCUCCAGCUUAUGUCUCAUACAUGCAACAAAACUACAGACCAGAUUUCACCUAUGCAGACUUUGCACCAUUGUUCAGAGCAGAAUUCUACAACCCAUUUAAGUGGGCUGAUAUUUUCCAAGCUUCUGGUGCCAGCUACGUUGUGCUAGUCACAAAACAUCAUGAAGGAUUUACAAACUGGCCCUCAAAUCACUCUUGGAAUUGGAAUGCAAUGGACCUUGGACCUAAAAAGGAUUUAGUGGGAGAUCUUGCCAACUCCAUACGUAUUAAAACCAAUCUGAAGUUUGGAGUCUAUCACUCAAUGUUUGAAUGGUUCCACCCUUUGUACCUGCAAGACAAAGCCAAAAAUUUCCAAACACAAGACUUUGUCAGGGCCAAAGCGUUACCGGAAUUGUAUGAGCUAGUCAACACUUAUAGUCCAGAAAUAAUUUGGUCUGAUGGGGCUUGGGAAGCACCGGAUACUUACUGGAACUCAACAGAAUUUUUAGCUUGGCUUUAUAAUGACAGUCCAGUGAAAGACACUGUGGUGGUGAAUGACAGGUGGGGAGGUAAUACCCCAUGUCAACACGGAGGAUUCUGGAACUGUGAUGAUCGCUACACACCUGGUAAACUGGUUGGUCACAAGUGGGAGAAAUGCAUGACACUGGACAAAUAUUCCUGGGGCUUUAGAGCAAAUGCUAAACUUCAAGAUAUCUUGACCAUUGAAGAACUUUUAUCAGAGAUUGUCAGUACAGUCAGCCUUGGUGGAAACAUACUUAUCAAUGUAGGACCAACAUCCUUUGGGGAAAUACUACCUGUAUAUGAAGAAAGAUUUCGACAGCUUGGUUCUUGGUUAAAAGUGAACGGGGAGGCUAUUUAUAAAACAAAUUUUUGGACUUAUCAGAAUGACUCAAUCACUCCCAAUGUUUGGUACACAUCAAGAACAGAUGGAGCACAGCCUGUAGUCUAUGCCAUACUUUUAGCUUGGCCUAAAACUUCCAGUCUUGUCCUGGGUCACCCAGAUGUUACAAGCGACACUCAGAUAUCACUUGUUGGAUACCCUGGUCAACUCACUUUCACUGCCCUCUCAAUGGGUGGAGUUGAGAUUGCAAUUCCCACAAUUCCAGCCAAUCAGAUGCCAUGUGAAUGGGCGUGGGUACUGCGGAUGGAAAAUCUGAAGAACCGCCACACUAAGAUCCGAAGUGACGCAUUCAGCAAAAAUGUGCGCCCUAUUGAAAUGAGGAAAGAUUUCUAGUGAUUGAGCAGUAUGUUUAAGCACUCUGUUACUAAAAGAAGUAUAACAUUCUCUUUUCUAAUCAUUCCAUUUUACUAAAAGAAGUAUGAAAUCUCUUUAUAACAUUCUCUUUUCUAAUCAUUCCAUUUUUUAACUUACAUUUAUAAAUGUUGUUUUUUUUAUACAAAUAAUCCAAUUUUGAAAUACUCUUUUGCUCAAUUUUUAACUUUUGUUUAAAAAGUUUUAUAUUUUAUAUUAUGAGACUUGCUAGACUGCCAUAUGGUUCUGUACCUAAAAACAUUUUUUAUAUAUGGAAUAUAAUUUCUUCAUUUUAUAUUUUUGUUUGAGAUUUAAAUUUGUCCAGUUUCUUGUAUUAUUUCAAUAUUUACUGCUGCUUUUUUGUACGUUUGAAAAUUAUUGCGUCUGCAACAUUUGUACUGUUCUGAUUUGUACUGUUCUGUUGGCUGUGAUGUUUGGACUAAAACUUUUUACUGUGCCAUUUGUGACUUGUCUUAAGUUUUCAGAUUUCCUUGAAAGUGAGCAUAAUGAUGUCUUAGUCCAAAACUUGUGCUGAAUGUUUUAUUUUAGGACAGUGAUUUACACCCUGCCAUUAAGUGGUUAGUGUUAUGUUUGGUAAGACUCUGACAAUUUAUUGUGUACAUGUUUACUUUAACACUUUGGUUUAAGAUAUUUUUUUUCAACAGAUGGGUCUUUAACUCUUUCUCUCCUAACUGAUGAUACCAGCGUUGAUUCCACCAGAUUGCGGUAAAUAAUUACGGAGUGAAAGAGUUAAAUAAAUGUAGAAGUAAUAGAUCUGUAUUAUUUUAGCCUACUUUCAACCUAUAUAUUUACAAUAAAUUUCAUCACUCCAA